UUGUAGGCUAUUAACAAUGAUAGCCUCAAGUUGUUCCCAGUCAAAACUUGAUAUGCCUAUACAUGGGAAAUACUAGUCAUCAAUAAGAAAAUAUUAAUGUUAAUGCUUUUAGAAAGAUGGCAACGAAGGCAAGGAUUUUCGCAGGUCUUUUUCUUAUUUGCAUUAUCCUCCCUUCGCUGGCCUUAGCAUUUGUAGAUCAUUUUCCUGAAGAUCGUCUAGAAAACGAGUCCGAUAAAAAUGAUGUACGGAUCCAUGUUAAUAAUGUUGCUCAUGUCAUCAAAAAAAAAAUAAAGAAAGAAUUGAAGAAAAGGGCAAAGUCAGUGCAUGAUUUGUGGGAAGACAUGUUUGAGCAUGACAACCUCAUUGAAGAAAACCAACCUAAAGAAGAUGCUGCACCCGUAACACCAACAACGCCUGUGCCUCCUGUAGAUCCAACACCUAAUCCUGUGCCUGUGCCUCCUGUUGACCCAACACCUAACCCUGUGCCUGUUAACCCAACACCUAAUCCUGUGCCUGAUAACAAUGCGCCUGCAGGAUAUCCACGAGCAACUCCCCAAGCGCCUGUGGCAAAAGGAUACGGUGGUGCACCUAUGACACCUAAUCCAUCAGACCCCCAAACAAAUGUGCCUGUAGAGCCAGCUCCUGAGCAGGACCAUCCAACACCAGAAGAUAUUAAAAAGCAUCGCCAAUAUGCUGGAUUGCAAGUGGGAUUUUACGAUGACACUUGCCCUAAUGCUGAGAAGAUUAUUAAGGAUGGCAUGGCCAGAGCUUUUGCGAAUGAUUCCAGCAUGGCUGCUCCAAUUCCCCGCCUUCUGUUUCAUGAUUGCUUUGUCAAUGGAUGUGAUGCCUCGCUGUUAUUAGACCAGACACCAAGUGGUGAAAGGACAGAGAAGCUUGCCAACUCCAAUGGUCUAACGGUUAGGGGAUUUUAUCUCAUUGACCAGAUCAAGGCUGAGCUUGAGGCAGAAUGCCCUGGCAUAGUCUCAUGCGCUGAUCUUUUGGUAUACUUGGCAAGGGAUGCCUUUGUUGUAUCAGGUGUCCCUCACUACGACGUGCCUGGUGGACGUCGUGAUGGAAUGGAAUCCCUUGAAGCAAAUGUUGCUGACAACAUCCCACUUCCUACUAAUACAGUGGACCAGAUGAUUGACCUGUUUAAAAAGAAAGGCAUGAAUGAAGAGGAUUUGGUUGUCCUAAUUGGUGCCCACUCCAUUGGAGUAGCCCAUUGUUUCAGCUUCCGUUACAGAUUGGAUAAUCCGCAGAAGGCUACAUUGGUAGAUCCAAGGCUCGCUGGAGUUAUGAGAUUCACAUGUACCAGCCCAAUGAGUACUGUGGCUUUUGAUACCACCACACAGUACAAGAUGGAUUCCAUUUACUACAAGCAGCUAGCGGGGAAGAGAGGAUUACUUGAAUCAGAUGAUCUUUUGGGUGAAGAUCCCAGAACAAAGGACUAUAUCCAGAAGUUUGGUGACGAUGAAAAGGGAUGGUUCAGUAAGUUGGGCAAGGCCAUGAACAAGCUGGCUUCAAUACAAGUGCUAGCAGGAGACCAGGGGCAGAUCAGGAAACAAUGCCGGGCUGUCAACUAAACACUGGAUAUAACAACUCUCUUAACAUGCAUCAAAGUUGAUUUGGUUCUUCACUU